CGGGGAAACAACCAGAAACUGGCCGGAAAGACCGAGCACACGGUGGACAAAAGCCUAGCUCCACUUUCUGACCACUUCCACACUCACUCUCCAGCCACUUUCUCUCACUGGUCCCAGACGAUGACGGCCACUUCCAGACAGAUGGACCUGGGCCCUGGCACUAGAGGUGACCUUGGGUAGCCAUGCAGCCGCUGCCAGAUCCAUUUCUUUCCUCCGCAGAGGAGGUCCUGCGCGCUGCCUGUCUCCCGCCAUCUAAGAGCCUCCUGCCCUCUGCAGCCCCAGCUGGGUCUUCGCCGCCCGCGUCCAGUGUAGCGGAUCCCGGCGUCCCAGCCCAGGACAGAGCAGUGAGCUGUCUGCCUCCGGGGAUCCUCUCUGGUCCUCCGACGAGGGAAGAUCCACGUGCCUAUAGGGGCUGGCGGAGUGACUCGUUUUCACGCGUGACUAGGGUGGUCCGUGAUAUCCCGGUAGCUGUUCACCUGGACGUGGACCUCCUGUUUCCUGCUUCGUAUUGUCAGCUUCGAGCUGCGUCCCUCGUACAAUCCUGCCACAGAGAGACUAAGGCCAUGGCAGCUACAGGAGCUGGAGCAAAGGAACUCAAAAACCAUCACAAUGACUGCCUCGUCCAACUUUCAAAUCCAAAUGUAGCAGCAAUGAAGGAAGACGUUCUCUACCAUUUCAGUCUCAGCACUAGCACACACGAUUUCCCAGCUAUGUUUGGAGAUGUGAAGUUUGUGUGUGUUGGUGGAAGCCCUUCCCGGAUGAACACCUUCAUCAGAUAUGUGGCUGCAGAGCUGGGCCUUGCCCACCCAGGGGAGGAAUACCCCAACAUCUGUGCAGGGACUGACCGCUACGCCAUGUAUAAAGUCGGACCGGUGCUGUCUGUGAGCCAUGGUAUGGGCAUUCCUUCCAUUGCAAUCAUGCUACAUGAGCUGAUCAAGCUGCUGUACCACGCCAGGUGUUCCAACGUCACCAUCAUCCGCAUUGGCACUUCGGGCGGAAUAGGUCUGGAGCCUGGCUCUGUUGUCAUCACCCAACAGGCAGUGGAUGCCUGCUUUAAGCCAGAGUUCGAGCAGAUUGUCCUGGGAAAGCGAGUGGUUCGCAGCACCAACCUGGAUGAGCAGCUGGUGCAAGAGUUGAUGCAGUGCUCCACGAACCUGAAUGAAUUCACCACUGUGGUGGGGAAUACUAUGUGCACCUUGGACUUCUAUGAGGGGCAAGGACGACUAGAUGGUGCCCUCUGCUGCUACACAGAAAAGGACAAGCAGGCCUAUCUGCAUGCAGCCCAUGCUGCAGGCAUCCGAAACAUUGAGAUGGAAUCUUCAGUGUUUGCUGCCAUGUGUGGUGCCUGUGGUCUGCGAGCGGCUGUGGUGUGUGUCACUCUCCUGGAUCGCCUGCAAGGGGACCAGAUCAACAGCCCCCACGAGGUACUUGCUGAGUACCAACAGAGGCCGCAGCGGCUGGUGGGCCACUUCAUCAAGAAGAGCCUGGGGAGGGCCUGAGGCCCAAGCCUGCUUACUCAGGACAAACUCCUGCAACUCUUGGUCAAUAAAUCUGUUUUUCAAAUACCAGUA